AGAAGAUGAAGGGGCCACGAGGUUUCCAUUGACAGAAGACCAGUUGAACACAACAAAAGCAGCUGGGCUGUCCCGCCGAUUAAUAGAUGUGCCGCCAGAACGUGCAAGAGGUUCACCGUGUCUUUGCCCAUCACGAAGAAUUUGGACAGUGAUGCUGCUCACCUCGACUGCAGCCACAGUGAGGCAAUAAUCAUACUCGUCAUCGUGUUAGCCGUGCGUGCGCAGAGCCUUCGAAGGACUGCCACUUUCCAACCCAAGAAACCGGAAUAGGGCACAUUCGGCAUCUUUUAGAUGGCCAAGCGACUGUAAGACGCAGGCCGAUUUGCGAGGAAAUCGUGGCAUCCAGUUGGAGCCCCAGCAAGAGCCAAGGAAGUUUUCAGAGGGACGCAGUGAGGACAGUUUUGCGAGUACUACGAAACCCGUGAAGAUCCGUAAUGGCUCAACGGGAAGUUGAGCCUCUAAACACGCUCCAAGAACUGCUAGCGUUCAAGGACACGCCACUUGUGCCCGUGGAGCGCCUUCGUGAAGUGAAGCGAGGUGGUCCGCAGGCACCGAGAACCAUGUUCUGUCACGACAUGAUGGGCGGAUACCUGGAAGACCGGUUUAUCCACGGCUGCACCGACCCUUACAGCUACCGGUUUCACCACUGGCAGAUAAUCGACAGCUUCGUCUAUUUCACGCACCACCUAGUCACGAUCCCGCCUCCAGGUUGGAUCUCGGCUGGUCACUUACAUGGAGUCAAGGUCUUAGGCACAUUGAACGCGGAGUCCCUGUGUGGCGUCAAGUUCUUCAACGAGAUGAGAGCCUCUCGGCUUGAGAAGAUGCUUGCGUCUCAACUGGCCCGCAUCGCUGCCCUCUACAGGUUUGAUGGAUGGCUCGUCAGCGUUGCCUGCAAGCUGGACAGGUCCUGCGUGCUGGUGCUCAAGGAGUUCCUCCGCUUGGUAAAGGAAGAGACGCAUAGUGCCGUUCCGGGCUCACUGGUCAUCUGGUACGACAGCGUGGUGCGAGACGGCAAGCUCGCCCAUCAGAACAGGCUCAACAGCAAGAACGUCGUCUUCUUCGAUCUGUGCGACGGCAUUUUUCUCAACUACGACUGGACUGAAGAAAUGCUCGAGAAGUCGGCGCGAUACGCACACUACCGCAAAAGCGACGUCUACGUUGGCAUCGAUGUGUUCGCCCGAGGCACCGACUAUCCCGGAGGAUUUGAAACGUACGCGGCCGUCGAACAGGUUCGGAAGCAUGGCUUGUCAGCUGGUGUCUUUGCAGCUGGCUGGGUGUACGAGAUGCACGGGAAGGAGAAUUUUGCGGAUAACCAGUGUCGGCUGUGGAAUUUUCCGGACCAGCUGUGCAACGAGUGGCGUUUGAUGACAUUGCCACUAAAGACCGGUUUUUGCCAGGGAUUCGGCGAAAAGCUCUACAAGGAUGGCAGGAUUGCGUCGAGCAUCCCGUGGUACAACCUGGCCAAGCAGCAGCUCCAACCACGUGAUCAAGGCAUGGGUCUUUGCCUGGGCUGCGGCUCGGCUACCGUGGACACGACGACCGCGUACAACGGCGGGGGCUGCCUGCGCCUGCAGUUCGAGCCCAAGGAGGCGGGUGCUAGGCCUUAUUUCAGGUUGUUUGGCUGCGAGUUGCCGUUGGGCAGCCUUUCAAUUACGUAUGUGUACCAGCCGGGCUGUGUCGACUCCGUCGAGCACGGCUUCUCCAUCGUGCUUGUGGUGCGCAGCAGGGAGGGCGAGAAGAGGACCAUCCGAUUGGGGCUCGCCGUCGCCUCGCCUGAUGAGCAGAGAUACGCGGUGGUGCGGGACUACGGGUACAACCCCUUCGCCGACCAGGACAUGACCGGGUUCUAUUGGCUUCCCAGGAAAUACACUGUGCGAGAUCUGAGCGGCGAUGCAAAACUGGAAGAGAUUGGGGCCGCCUUCGGGUCGUGCGCCACCUACUCCUGCCUACUUGGCGAGCUCGUGGUCGAGCAUGCAGAUGGCGUCGGGGCUAGCAACGCGGAGGAGGACAGCGAUGAAGGCCUGGACAUGGCAAGCGACGAAGACGACGGCAACGAACCGAGCGCGAAGUUGAUGCGCUUCUGAAGGCCAUCAACCAGAAGCGCGCGAGCUGGCACGAAGGCGCAGCGCCAAAGUCUGUAGCUGGCAUCAUUUGUACAGCCCCCGUAGUGACCGGGCAGAGUGGGGUAGCGUUGUGUACAUGAUGCUAAGUAAAUUUUCUCUGCUUGA